AUGAAAAUCGCCAUCACCGGCGCCCGCGGAACAGUGGGCAGAGACACCGUCCAGCUUUGCGCUGAUGCAGGCCACCACACUGUUCAAAUCGAUCGCACCCCGCGCGACGACUCCGACGACAUUCCAAACACCGAGCAUAGAACAGCAGAUAUUGGCAAUGAUUAUGCUGGUACGCUCAAGGCCUUUGAGGGCUGCGACGCACUCAUCCAUCUUGCUGCUAUCCCCGACCCGGUCGAGAAGGAAGAUUCAUUAGUCCAUAACAACAAUGUGAGCUGCGCAUUCAACGGCUUCCGCGCCGCUGCUGAACAUGGUAUUUACAAAAUCUGCUACGCAUCCUCCGUCAACGCCAUCGGCCUCGCAUACGCAAACCGCCCCUUACGCUUCGACUACUUCCCCAUCGACGAAGACGCGCCCCAGCACCCAACAGACCCCUAUGCCCUCGCAAAAGAAGAAGCAGAGUACCAAGCGCGCUCCUUCGUCGAGUGGUUCCCCGGUAUGAACAUCGCCUGUCUGCGCAUCCAUGAAGUCGCGCCGUUGAAGGACGUCCAGAAAGAGCAUGAGAGGAACUGGGAUGAAGCUGCUGUGAAGCAGUUGUGGGGCUGGGUGCAUCCGAAUGCGGUGGCGAGGGCUUGUUUGCUUGCUAUUGAGAGGUCGGAGAGGUUGGGGGGUUGUCAGAUAUUUAAUAUUAUUGCGCCGACGACGACGCAGCAGGAGACGGCUUCAGAGGAGUUGGCGAGGAAGUUUUAUCCCAAGGCGGAGAUUCGGGGGGAUUUGUCGAGGAAUCAGGCGUUUUGGGCUACGGAGAAGGCGAAUAGGAUUUUGGGGUGGGUUCAUGAUGAGAAGGAGUAG